UUGGCGGUGGCCGUGGCCGUGGCGGUGGCGGUGGCUGCGGGCGGAGUCGCCUGUGGUCCGAGCGCCUGCACUGAGAACCUGCUCUGGGUAUUUUGCUGCCAACAUUGAAUACACUUCCAUGGAAUCUCCAGACCCCGAAAGACUCUUACAAUGUCCUUAUGUUAAAAAUCACCACAUCAGGGCCUGCAGGUUUCCUUAUCACCUAAUCAAGUGCAAAAAGAAUCAUCCUGAUGUUGCAAAACAACUGGCUACAUGUCCAUUCAAUGCUCGUCACCUGGUUCCAAGGGCUGAACUCAGUCAUCAUAUCUCAAUAUGUGAUGACAGGUGUUGUAUAGAGCAGGAUGAGGUCAACCCAACCAGGAACCCUGGAGAAGACACUGUGCCCAAGAACACAUGGCAAUACCCUCCUUGUGAUGAAGACUGGGAUCAAGAAUUGGCUGAAGAGAAUAACACCACCCCAUUUAUCUGGGGCACAAGCAGGUUCUGUGAGAAUAAAUGCACUUGCUCUGAAUAUUUUGCUGUUACAAAUGAAGACACUUACAUGGAAUCUCCAAAUCCCGAAAGACUCUUACAGUGUCCUUAUGAUAAAAAUCACCACUUCAGGGCCUGCAGGUUUCCCUAUCACCUUAUCAAGUGCAAAAAGAAUCAUCUUGAUGUUGCAAAAAAAUUGGCUACAUGUCCUUUCAAUGCUCGUCACCUGGUUCCAAGGAAUGAACUCAGUCACCAUAUCUCAAUAUGUGAUGACAAGUGUUAUAUAGAGCAGGAUGUGGUCAACCCAACCAGGAACCCUGGACAGGACACUCUGCCCAAGAACACAUGGCAGUAUGCUCCUUGUGAUGAAGAUUGGGAUAAAGAAUUGGCUGAAGAGAAUAACACCACCCCAUUUAUCUGGGGCACAACUGGAUUCUGUGACAAUAAAUGGCCUGCAAGCAACACAGCUAUGGAACAUAUGGCUUCAGGCAAGCAAGUCCCAAAGACUUUGCCAUGGGAAAACA